GGGUGCCGCCGCCGCCGCAGGAGCCAUGAACGCGCUCGCCGCGACCAGCCGCAACUUCCGGCAGGCCGCCAGGCUGCUCGGCCUCGACUCCAAGCUCGAGAAGAGCCUGCUCAUCCCCUUCCGCGAGAUCAAGGUGGAAUGCACCAUCCCCAAGGACGACGGCACGCUCGCCUCCUUCGUCGGAUUCCGCGUGCAGCAUGACAACGCCCGCGGGCCCAUGAAAGGUGGCAUCCGCUACCACCCGGAGGUUGAUCCAGAUGAAGUUAAUGCGCUUGCCCAACUGAUGACAUGGAAGACUGCCGUUGCGGCGGUACCAUAUGGUGGAGCAAAGGGAGGAAUUGGGUGCUCUCCUGAUGAACUGAGUAGGAGCGAGUUGGAGCGUUUGACGCGUGUAUUUACCCAGAAAAUUCAUGAUCUUAUUGGAACUCAUACCGAUAUUCCGGCUCCAGACAUGGGAACUAAUGCACAGACCAUGGCAUGGAUCUUUGAUGAAUACUCGAAAUUCCAUGGUCACUCCCCAGCUGUUGUCACUGGGAAGCCCAUAGAUCUUGGUGGAUCAUUAGGUAGGGAUGCUGCUACUGGACGGGGUGUAAUGUAUGCUACUGAGGCUCUCCUGGCUGAAUACGGGAAGUCCAUUUCAGGAUCAACCUUUGUUAUUCAGGGAUUCGGUAAUGUUGGUUCAUGGGCUGCGCAACUCAUCCAUGAGAAAGGCGGUAAGGUAAUUGCACUUGGAGAUGUAACAGGCUCAAUCAGGAACAUGGCAGGGGUAGACAUACCUGCUCUGAUGAAGCACAGAAAUGAGGGUGGUCACAUGAAAGACUUUCAUGGUGCGGAAGUCAUAGAUUCCGCAGAGUUGCUAGUGCAUGAAUGUGAUGUUCUCAUCCCAUGCGCUUUAGGUGGAGUCCUUAGCAGGGAAAAUGCACCUGAUGUAAAGGCCAAAUUUAUAAUUGAAGCUGCUAAUCAUCCGACUGAUCCAGAAGCUGAUGAGAUUCUUACCAAAAAGGGAGUGAUUGUCUUACCAGAUAUCUAUGCUAAUUCCGGUGGUGUGAUUGUUAGCUAUUUUGAGUGGGUUCAGAACAUUCAAGGGUUCAUGUGGGAUGAAGAGAAGGUGAACAUGGAGCUCCACAAGUACAUGAACAGCGCUUUUCAGCACCUCAAGGCAAUGUGCAAAACACACGAUUGCAACCUUAGGAUGGGAGCAUUCACCUUGGGUGUCAACCGGGUUGCGCGUGCCACACUCUUGAGGGGCUGGGAGGCAUGAGGAAAUCCAGAUUUCUCGUCAAAUAAUUUAUGUCUGACACCAUGGUGGAUCGUAGUUCUUAUAAACACCAUUGUUGAUCUGAUAAAUUCAUCACAAGUUGAUGGUAUGGGAGUUCAAUUGAAAUAAUUUUCGGGGUACAUGACAGAGAUGAUGGGUUGGGUUUGUUCUUUCUUGUAGUUAAGUCUCUGCCUUUGGGUUGCUAACUGUGGUGAUCCAGUUCUGGGUGAUUGUAAGCCUUAAAGAGUUGUUGACAGUGUCACAAAAGCUUCUGCAGUUUAAUAAAAAUUAAUAUUUCGGCCAA